UGACUCUCUGCGGCUAGAGGAAGUGCAUUUGUAAUUUACGAUGACACUGACACAAACGUCUUUCCUGCCCCUGCUUGAUCUAUAAUACCACGUCAUUACAGAGGAACGGUACUUGUUUCUUGGCACGUAAUAUAUUUUUUUUUUCAGGAAACAUGUUAAAAUAAAACGUGUGGACAUGUAGUCAAUGAAACAAAGUUAUUCAAUGUCAAGAGUUCAGUUGUUCGUCAUCGGACCAAAAAAUAAAGUAAACUUUGAUAGCAGGCUCGCGUAACUAUGCCACCAUUUGUUUGUUUACGGUAACUCUGAAUUCGGUCGUAGCGAUAUAUUAAAACACACAAAAAAUUACCCCACAAGCAUAUUUUAUACUGAAAACAACUUUCUACGCUGUAAUGUGUCCGCGCGUAGUAAAUCCAUGAAAAUAUUAAAAUUAUAAAAACCAACCUCUGCCAAAUACGACUCCACUUCCGGGUGUGUUUGUUUGUGUUACUAUGGUAACAGUGUUCCUUUUCCUAAUGGUCCGCGGAAUAGCCGUGAAAAAGUUCAGACUCACAAGAAUUAAUCAAAUUAUUCUUGUUAUUAGUAUUAUUAUAUGUAAUAUCAAAUUAUUAUUAUUAUUAUUAGCAGUAAUAAGUAGUAGGAGUAUUGUAGAAGGUAAUUUAAUCAACUGUUUUGUCGUAAAAUAUUUUAAAGAUAAAAAAAAAACGUUUUGAAUUCAAAACUUCCGGGCUCAGUUAAGUCAAGUUACUUGGCCCUCUUAAUUUACAUGCAUUUUCAUUUGCUUUUGCCACUAGAAAAUUGGGUCCAACAUGGAUGCCUCGAGUAAGAUGUGAAUGAUGCUAACCUGUGGUGGAGGAGCACUCCUCCUCCGGUUUCAAACUGUGGUGCGUCAGCAGCAGCUGCCCCACACAGCAACACAACUACUGCCGCCAGCCGUGCAACCACAAACGCGUCCUCAGUGCUCGGGAAGACGACGGCAGGAUUUAUUCUCCUUCUUGUCCACUUGACUGGUGUCUGUGGGAUCAUUUUCUCUACCCUGCCAGCUCAUCCUAGGGUGACCCCGGUGCGGCCGUAGCCCUUCGCAAUGCCAAGAUGGCGCCCCUGCUCCCUCGCCCAGGCGCCGACGCGUUCCGCCCCUUCACCUGGGAAUCGCUGGCGGAGAUCGAGAGGCUUCAAGCGGAAAAGCGAAACAAGGCAGCCCGAAUAGACGGGCAUGAGGCAGCCGAGGUGGAGGAGGAGGAGGCGGCGGCGGCCCCCAACGCCGACUUGGAAGCGGGCAAGAAUCUGCCCUGGAUUUACGGAGACCCUCCAGCGGAGAUGAUCAACACGCCAUUGGAGGAUUUGGAUCCCUUCUACAGGGCUCAGAAGACGUUCAUCGUGCUUAGCAAAGGCAACACCAUUUACAGGUUCAACGCCGAGCCGGCGUGCUACCUCCUGACCCCCUUCAGCAGCGUGAGAAGAGGAGCCAUCAAAAUCCUCAUCCAUUCAUUAUUCAGCAUGUUCAUCAUGAUCACCAUUCUAUCCAACUGCGUGUUCAUGACCAUGAGUAACCCACCGGCGUGGAGUAAAAACGUCGAGUACGCUUUUACUGGGAUUUACACCUUCGAGGCCACCGUGAAAGUCUUGUCCAGAGGCUUUUGCAUCGGCUCGUUUACAUUCCUUCGAGACCCGUGGAACUGGCUGGAUUUCAUGGUGAUCAGCAUGGCGUACAUCACCGAGUUCAUCGAUCUUGGUAACGUGUCCGCCCUCAGGACCUUCCGUGUGCUUCGAGCCCUUAAAACCAUCACUGUGAUUCCUGGUCUGAAAACCAUCGUGGGCGCCCUGAUCCAGUCGGUGAAGAAAAUGGUGGACGUGAUGGUCCUGACGGUCUUUGCUCUGGCCGUGUUCGCCCUGGUCGGCCUGCAGCUAUUCAUGGGCAACUUGCGGCACAAGUGCGUGCGCUGGCCCAUCAACGGCAACGACACCGGCGAAUGGUUCAACGUCACCGACCCGCCGGUGCUUUAUAACCAGACCGUCGGCAUCAACAGUAGCGAUUAUUCCAACAGCACCUUCGAUUUCGCGGAGUACAUCGAGAACUCGGAAAACUACUACUUUCUGGAAGGCAGCAAAGGUCCUCUUGUAUGCGGCAACAGUUCUGAUGCCGGAGUCUGCCCUGAAGGCUUUACUUGCAUGAAGGCCGGCGGGAACCCAGAUUACGGCUACACCAGCUUUGACUCGUUCGGCUGGGCCUUCCUGGCGCUUUUCAGACUCAUGACUCAGGACUACUGGGAAAAUCUCUUCCAGAUGAUUCUGCGGGCGGCGGGCAAAACGUACAUGCUCUUCUUUGUGGUGGUGAUCUUCCUGGGCUCCUUCUACCUCAUUAACCUCAUCCUGGCGGUGGUGGCCAUGGCUUACGAUGAGCAGAACCAGGCCACGCUGCGCGAGGCCAAGGAGAAGGAGGAGGAGUUCCAGCGUAUCCUCGAGCAGCUCAAGAGCCAAGAGCAGUCUCAGCAUUCUGGAAGUCGCGAAUCUCUGAAGAGUAGCAAGUCGCCAAGUCGUCACUCGGCUUCUGAGCUGAGCCUGGAGCACGACGCAGCUGUCAAGGACUGUAAUGGGAAAAUGGUCCCAACCCUCAUUGUUCGAUCGCCUACGAUGGUCGUGCGUCAUGACGACGAAGAGCUCCGGGAGAGGUCUCCAGGGAUGCUUGAUCCAGAAGAGCUUCAUACGGACGAGCACAGCCAGAGGCAGAGGUCCACGAGCGCCAUGGAAGAAUUGGAGGACGCUCAGAGGCCGUGUCCGCCGGGCUGGUACAAGUUUGCCAACAUUUUCCUGAAGUGGAACUGCUGCAAGCCGUGGGUGGCUCUCAAAAAAUGGUUGUACGUCAUCGUCAUGGACCCUUUCUUCGACUUGGCCAUUACCAUUUGCAUCGUGCUCAACACGCUCUUCAUGUCCAUGGAGCACUACCCCAUGACUCACGAGUUUGACGAGAUGCUCUCCGUGGGCAACCUGGUUUUCACUGGAAUCUUCACCGCGGAGAUGUUCUUUAAGCUCAUCGCCAUGGACCCGUAUUACUACUUCCAAGUGGGAUGGAACAUUUUUGACAGCAUCAUUGUCACCCUCAGCCUGGCAGAGUUGGGUCUGGCAAAUGUCCAGGGGCUCUCGGUUCUGCGCUCCUUCCGUCUGCUUCGCGUCUUCAAGCUGGCAAAGUCCUGGCCCACCCUCAACAUGCUGAUCAAGAUCAUUGGGAACUCGGUGGGCGCACUGGGCAACCUGACACUGGUGCUGGCCAUCAUCGUCUUUAUCUUCGCCGUGGUGGGGAUGCAGCUCUUUGGCAAGAACUACAAGGACUGCGUCUGCAAGAUCUCUGACGAGUGCGAGCUGCCGCGCUGGCACAUGAAUGACUUUUUCCACUCCUUCCUCAUUGUCUUUCGUAUCCUGUGCGGCGAAUGGAUCGAGACCAUGUGGGACUGCAUGGAGGUGUCCGGCGCGGGCAUGUGCCUCAUUGUCUUCAUGAUGGUCAUGGUCAUUGGGAAUCUCGUGGUGCUGAACCUCUUCCUCGCGCUGCUGCUCAGCUCGUUCAGCGGCGAAAACCUGUCGUCAGCAGACGAAGAUGGUGAGCUGAACAACCUCCAGAUCGCCGUCGGGAGGAUCACGAGAGGCAUCGACUGGCUCAAAGCGGCGGCCGCUGAGAUUCCUCGCAGAAUCCUGGACAAAAACCCAGAAGACGACAACACCGAGGCCGUGGAGAUGAAUGACUUGGACACCAGUGCUGAUGUCCGAAAAGCAGACGGGAUAGUAAACUGUUUGGCGCCAGGACGGACUCCUGGCGCCGUUAUGGAUGGAGAGCUUGCUCUUAGCGUCCCUUUUGCUCAGGGAGAGUCAGACUUUGAAAACCCGGACGAUGACGAAGACUACGACUCCAAUGCCUCCACUUGUGGAGAGAGCCUACAUGAUGGUGAAAGCCUCGAAGAUGAUCUCGGUCUUAUAAAAGAAGUCAAACUGAUGGGCGUGGCAACCGAGGACAGCGACGUGUCGCUGUGCAGCACGGCGGACUAUCAGCCGCCUGAGCCUGAACCGGAGGAAGAGGAAGAGGAAGAGCCGGAGCCCGUGGACCCGGAAGCCUGCUUCACUGACAAUUGCGUGCGCCGCUGGCCUUGCCUCACCGUGGACAUCGACACAAUCGGUGGCAAGCGAUGGUGGAAGCUGCGCAAGACCUGCUUCGCCAUCGUGGAGCACGAUUGGUUCGAGUCCUUCAUCAUCUUCAUGAUCAUGCUGAGCAGCGGCGCUCUGGCUUUUGAAGAUAUUUACCUUGAGCGACGGCGAAUCAUCAAAAUUAUCCUGGAGUAUGCCGAUAAAGUUUUCACCUUCGUCUUUGUCGUGGAGAUGAUCCUGAAAUGGACGGCGUACGGCUUCAAGACCUACUUCACCAACGCCUGGUGCUGGCUGGACUUUUUCAUCGUCGAUGUUUCUCUGAUUAGUCUGGUGGCCCACUGGUUGGGUUUCUCCGAGUUGGGACCCAUCAAAUCCCUGCGAACGCUGAGAGCGCUGAGGCCUCUCCGCGCCCUCUCCAGAUUUGAAGGCAUGCGGGUGGUGGUGAACGCGUUGGUUGGCGCCAUCCCGUCCAUCUUCAACGUGCUGUUGGUAUGCCUCAUCUUCUGGCUCAUCUUCAGCAUCAUGGGCGUCACCAUGUUCGCCGGCAAGUUCUACCGCUGCGUCAACACCACCUCGCAGGAGCGCUUCGACGUCACCGAAAUCAACAAUCGCAGCGAGUGUCUGGCCCUGCAAGAGGCUACGGGGGAGGCCCGCUGGGUCAACAUCAAAGUCAACUACGACAAUGUUGGGAAGGGCUACUUGUCGCUGCUCCAAGUGGCAACUUUUAAAGGCUGGAUGGACAUCAUGUAUGCUGCUGUUGACUCCAGAGAGGUGGAGGAGCAGCCGUCGUACGAGAUCAACCUAUACAUGUACGUCUACUUUGUCAUCUUCAUCAUCUUCGGCUCCUUCUUCACGCUCAACCUCUUCAUCGGCGUCAUCAUCGACAACUUCAACCAGCAAAAGAAGAAGUUGGGAGAUAAAGACAUCUUCAUGACGGAGGAGCAGAAAAAGUACUACGAAGCCAUGAAGAAACUCGGUUCCAAGAAGCCGCAAAAGCCGAUCCCGCGUCCCACCAACGUCCUUCAGGGCCUGGUGUUCGACCUCAUCAGUCAGCAGUUCUUUGACAUCUUCAUCAUGGUGCUCAUCUGCCUCAACAUGGUGACCAUGAUGGUGGAGACGGACAACCAAAGCGCGGAGAAGGAGGACUUCCUCUUUAAAGUCAAUCUAGCCUUCAUUGCCGUCUUCACCGGCGAGUGCGUGCUGAAGCUUUUUGCUCUGCGGCAGUACUUCUUCACCAACGGCUGGAAUAUAUUCGACUUUAUCGUUGUCAUCCUCUCCAUCGCGGGCACGAUGCUGUCAGAUAUAAUCGAGAAGUACUUUGUGUCACCGACCCUCUUUCGCGUGAUCCGUCUGGCCAGGAUCGGUCGCAUCUUGCGACUCAUCAAAGGAGCAAAAGGCAUCCGGACGCUCCUCUUCGCUCUGAUGAUGUCGCUCCCCGCCCUCUUCAACAUCGGCCUGCUGCUCUUCCUCAUCAUGUUCAUCUUCUCCAUCUUCGGCAUGUCCAACUUCGCCUACGUCAAGAAGGAGGCGGGCGUCGACGACAUCUUCAACUUUGAGACGUUCGGCGGGAGCAUCAUCUGCCUCUUCCAGAUCACCACCUCGGCCGGCUGGGACGGGCUCCUGCUGCCGAUGCUCAACAGGGAGCCGCCCGACUGCGAUCCCGACUUUGAGAACCCCGGCACGGACGUGAGGGGCAACUGCGGCAGCCCGGGCAUGGGCAUGAUUUUCUUCAGCAGCUACAUCAUCAUCUCCUUCCUGGUGGUGGUCAACAUGUACAUCGCCAUCAUCCUGGAGAACUUCAACGUCGCGCAGGAGGAGAGCAGCGACGCGCUGUGUGAGGAGGACUUUGAGAUGUUCGACAAGACCUGGGAGAAAUUCGACACGGCCGGAACCAUGUUCAUUGAGUACGUCCGCCUCUCGGACUUUUGCGACGCGCUGCAAGAGCCGCUGAGGGUCGCCAAGCCCAACCGCCUUCGUCUGAUCCAGAUGGACCUCCCGCUGGUCAUCGGCGAUCGCAUCCACUGCCUGGACGUCUUGAUGGCCGUCACGCAGAUGGUCCUGGGAGACACGCUGGAAAUGGCGGCCAUGCGGGAGAGCAUCAAGACCAAGUUCCUCCAAAGCAACCCCACCUCGGACUCCUUCGCGCCCAUCACCACCACCGUACGCCACAAGGAGGAAGCGUUGGCUGCCACCGUCAUCCAGCGGGCCUACCGGAGCCACCUUCUGCGACGGGGCCUCCGUCACGCCGCCUUCCUGCGCCGCCCCAUGAGAGGGGCCGCCCAAGACCAAGAGCCACCGGAAAAAGAGGGAUUGAUUGCGUGCAAAAUGGGAGCUCUACAUGCUGGCAACGUGGACCUUGCUGAGGAGAAGGGGGCUGGGUCUGCGGAGGAGCCGGGAACUCGACCUGGUCCUGUUGCUUCUGGAUCGAGUGCCAAAUCAGUACCUUUGGAAAUUACGAAUGAAGUGGUACUGCAUUCUGCCCCUGAGCCAGACCGAGUCCUCGGCAGCCUUGAAGAACAUGUCAGAGAGUCGCUUGUAUAACCAAAACCUUUUUUUUUCCCAAUACGAACUUUACCUUGUAGGAUUUCAAGUUGCACUUUGUUCCAACUGCAUUUUGUCUACAUUUUUACGAAGGUCAGAAGGAGCUAAUUCCUCCCCUGUGAAUGUAAGAGGGCUUGCUAGCAGCGAUUAAGUUCUUCAAAAUGCUCUUAAGAGGACUUUUGGGAGUCUCUGAAUUGCAAGUUUCAAACAGAGAUCCCACAAAAUUGCCACAAAAACCAAUUAGGCAUUCGCCCACUUUGCCUUUGACACUGAACCCAAAUCGUGCUGUUACGGUGCCUUCGCUCUCUCUGAACCACCACGUCACAUGGCGUGAUGUAUAAAAUAUUUGCCUUACUGUGACAGUUGCUAUUAACACACCAUCGCUGAAGAAUUAAGCGUUAUCGUGAGCACUUCUGUUCAUCGUCGCGAUUCUGUCGUGAAUCUAAAUGUUUGUGUAGAUUUUCAGUUAUCAAGGUCAAUCUGAUCAUGUUCCAUUUUUGAUCCAAAAAAGCUUUUUCGGUUCUAAAUUAUUCGGUGUGGAGUCCGAGUUAUGUCUCUGGGUGGUCGUGGUUGCCAAGCAUGAAUGGUGAAUGGCUGAUGAUCCUCUGAACAUCCCUAGGCCAAAGAUUGUCUCACUCGAUGGUAAAAAAAGAGGCGCGCCAUGUUUGCCACCAGCCUACAAAAUGGCCACCCUCGAGCCUCAUGUAGCAACAGAAACAACCCCCCAAGUCACCACCCAAAUGGAACACCAAGCCUUAUUCACGGUUAGCGUUCUCCUCCGAUACCACUUUUUUGACGACUGUACUUUUAUUCAAACCCGAUCGUGGUUGAACAUGAACGCCGAUUUGUGGCUCGGGCGGCUAACGCUUUGUGAGAGCCACUUCAAUCUUGCACUAUGUUUAUUUUUGGGCCGACCAGGUCCAGUUGCAGCCGCUGGGGAUGGGGAGCGUCUAAAAGAGAACUUCAUCCAUCAGCGCGCAUGAUAGAUAGAUUUUUUUUGUCCUCUUCCUGUUGUCGUGCCAGGAGGCCUUGAAGGGGCAGCACUCAUGUUUACAUGUCCAUAUGAUAUGAAGAUUAUUAUUAAUAGGUCGACUCUUCGAGUCGUUUUUUGGGCCUUACCUUGAUGCUGUUGUGACUCUUUUAAAAGGUUGUUUCACUUUCUGUCUUAAUUGAAAAGGUCUUACUUUGAAUAUUAGGUACACGUACGCCAACGUCCUAUUCAGAGGGAAGAAAUGAUGCAUUGUGUUAUUUACCGUCGGGAACUUUGACCACCUUCUUUUUAUCCUGACUCAAAUUUUGUUUACAUUUGGGAUGCAGUGGAGAUGCAUGCCCGGCCGUGUGUGUUUGUGUUAUAUCGUCUGCAUCGUGUAUAUUUGUUACUGUGAAUUCUGAAGUAAAUGGGAAAGUCUUUGUCUUAAAAGA